AUGGAUAAAAGCAACUGGGCGAGUGUGGUACGAAGCGGUGGUUUUAGAAUUCUCUGGGACAACAAACUUGUGAGUAAUCUCAAGGUUGUUAUUCUUGAACUCGACAGUCGACUCGAAUCUCACUGGAGCGUGAAGACGGGUAGACUGAAGGGACUUGACUCCUUGAUCAAACAUUGGGCUCCAGAAACGGACAUCCGUAACACGGAUGUUCAUCUUUUUUACGAUCUCUUGGAGCAUCUGAAUUCCGGAUUGAACACGACGGGAACGGAGCUCAUCGGACUGUUUUCCGUAAAGGGAAAGUCUCUCGAGGGCCUUGAGGAUGAUUUGUGCAAAGUUUUGUUGGGUGAAUCCGACUUGAGCAAAGUUUCUGAGCCAGUUGUCUCCGAAAAGAGAUUCGAAAAAAGCAUGAAUUUCCUUUGGCAAGAAAGAGUUCUUCUCGAAAAUGGUAGCGAAGUCGAAUUGAACUCCGGAAAGCAUGUCAGAUUGGAAGAUUGGGAGUUGAGCGUAGGUGGAAAGAUUUUGUUCUUGUGGCUGGUAACGGGUGAAAGCAGCAACGUGUUGAUUGGAUUCCUUCUCCAUUUGAGAGACGAUGUGAGCAAGAACUGGCUCUUCUGGGAGAGUUUCCAUCAUUCUCCAGAGGGCAGCCAUACGGAGUUCUGGCUUGUUUUGACGGUUCUUGUAGACUGGAAGGAGAACUUUCUGGAUCUUGCGUGGCAUAACAUCCUUGAGAAGACGGAGAGCAUCAACCGCUUCAGUGCGGAUAGCAAUUGGUUGACGUGUGUCUUGGAUGAGUUGGACGAGCUCGUUAACGGACAUGCCAAUUCCGGCGUUUCCGAGAGUCUUGAGCGCAAGAACCUUCUCGUAAGUAGAUUCGGCACUGCGAAAGUGUUGCAUGAAGACGCGGAUGUACUUCUCCUUGAAUUGGUGGGUAGCUGGACGGGCCAAUGGAAGAUCUUAAGUCAUGGAGGCGAAUCCGCGGACAACGGAUCCGGCGGCAAGCCAAGCAGAUUGACGGAGUGGCUCGUAUCCCUUAGCGAGUGGGGAUUGGGCAAGUUCGAUGAGAAGAUCGGCGAUGUGCUCACUUGA